AACGUCAAUAUAAGCUUAUCUGUUUUCCUGUUUCGUAAUAAUGUUUUAAUCCUUGCAAAACUAAAUGAGUAUAUUAUUUAAAUGCAUUUAUUAUUUACAGGCGUGGAGAAAAGAAGGUCUCCUAUUGUCCACAACUAGCAAUGAAGCUGCAAAAAUGUUUGAUGCCACAAUAAGUCAGGUUGUUGCUCAUCUUGAAGAUGACACUGUUGGAGGAUUAGAAACUUCGGUGACGAGGAUGCUUGAGGCAGAUCCUAAUUUCCUUAUGGGUCAUGUCUUGGCAAAUGAAAUUCAGAUCAAAGAUUCUAUGGAUGUUAUCCAAUCUCUAGCUGCUGACAAUGAUCUAAUUACUGACAGAGAAAGACUGCAUGCAGAAGCUGCAAUAGCAUUAUAUGCUGGAAAAAUACCUAGGGCCCAAGACAUCUGGGAUGAAAUUGUUGUAGCAUAUCCUACAGAUAUCUUUGCACUAAAGAUGCUGACAGACUACGGUAUUUUUUUUGGUCCUAAGGACCGGAUAAGAGAUAGUGUUGCCAGAGUUUUCCCACACUGGAAAAAAGAAAUGCCAUUAUAUGGGUACCUCUUUGGUCUUCAUGCAUUUGGUUUGGAAGAGACAAGAGUUGAUGUCGGGGACAGAUGGCAGCAGCUUUGUCAGUAUUGGGAAAGCCAUGCAGACGAUCACUUUUUGGGUCUCGAGCUUGUUCCAACAGACACCUGGGCUACUCAUGCCUUAACACAUGUUAUGGAGAUGGAAGGCCGGCAAGAUGAAGGAAUUGAAUUUUUGAGCAAAACUAUGGAUAACUGGAAGCCUUGUGAGUCUUUGACGUGCCAUAAUUUCUGGCACUGGGCUUUGUACUAUGUUGAAAAGGGAGACUAUGAAAGUGCAUUGAACAUAUAUGACACAGAGAUUGCGCCAAGAUUUAAGAAAAGUCAAACUUUUCCACUGACAGAUGGUUCAUCGCUGUUGUACAGACUGAAAUUUGAAGGUACGUAUGCAUUUAAUGACAGUCACAUGCUGAUGAGCACGCUGGGAGCCCAGAAUGAAGAUCUGACUAUGAAGGUUUUAGAUUCAUUGAGAAAAUUUGUCAGAGAUGGAUCAGGCCCAAAUUGUGAGGUAUCUCGUGAAGUUGGCUUGGCAGUGUGUGAAGCAUUUGUGGAGGCUGACAAAGGAAACUUUGACAAGGCCGUGGAGAUUUUAAAACCUUUGCGCUACAGAUUGGAUCUCCUAGGUGGAAGUCGAGCUCAGCGUGAUGUUUACGAGCUGUUUUUGAUUAAUGCUGCUAUGCAGUCCCAACGUAAAGAAGAUCAUCAAUAUGUCAGAUGCCUCCUUGCUGAGAGAAAAGCCAAAAAAGAUAAAGCACCUAUGACAGACAGGUUGAUGGCCAAAGCUCUUGCACUCCAAGUCGAUUAAAAUGCAUAUGGUCCCUCCACACUGCAAUUUGAAAUUUAACAGUAGCUUCAAAAUAGUUUCGAAAGUGUUCCGCAAUUGCUUUUACAACGCCCUUUGAUUGGCUUAACACAGCUCGCGCCACCUAAGCGUACUCCACCAAUGAGAUGUGUAACCAAAGUCAAUAGACAACUUGGUCACGUGGUUUUUUCCCGCGCUUGGUUACAGUUACAUGUUCGACUGUUGUGAUUGAGUUUGUGUUGGUGUCGGUUUACGAAGCUUGCUUGAAAGCCUUUUUAAGAGACGAAGUAAAAGUGAAUUACUGAGCUUCGAAUCUCUGUCAUCAUCACUCCUUGUUGCGCCAUGGGACUCAUUUAUAAGAACUCAGCAUGUGCCAUGACGGCUAAGCCAACGAAAACUCUUCAGCUGAAUCAUCCAAUGAUCCAGGUUUUAAUAAUGUCCUUCAUAGUUUUUUUUAAUUUUUUUAUGACAGUCGUAACUGUUUUUUUAAUCUAGCGAUAAAAUCGCAUGAUAGAUCGAGUAGUAUCGAUGGAGAGUUGUUUUCAUAUGAUCACAACGAUUGCUGAACGUUUUUGUUUGGUGAUCGUAUAGUAGCGAUGACAGCGAUCAUAUGAAAACUAUGAUUCAUUUUUCUCAAGUACCUUCAGCACAUAUCGAUAUCGUGAUGAACAUUUAUUCACCGGGAUGUUUACGGCGUUAAUAUAAAUUAAGAAACAAACAAAUGCAAUAAAGAAGAUCACUUUCUUAA